CAGCCCCUCCAGCCAUCGCCCCCCGGAGCAGCCGAGCCGGGACGCACCAUGGCGCUGAGCGACACGACCCUGCCCUCGUUCGCCACCUUUGCCAGCCCCUGCAGGGAGAAAACUUUCCACGAAAGAUGGAAAUGUGACCAGGAGGACAAGGCCCCUGUCAACAGCUGCACCAUGCCAGAACUGAGGCCUGGACUGGGCAGCCUCUCCCCUCGCAAAGAGGAUGAAGAUCUCAACAACGUUUUGGAUUUUAUCCUUUCCAUGGGCAAUGACAACUUCAGCCAGAACUCACCUAGUGGGGACUAUCCCUCAGCACAGACAGAGCCUAGCAGCUUCUACCAGACAAAUCCAUCUUCUGGAUGCUACAGUUCCCUGGGACAGAGCAAUCCACCUCCUUACAACUCCAGCCUCAUGUCAGAGAUGAUCAGAUCUGAAAUGGACUCAAACUUCUGCCUCCCUAACCAUAUCCAGGGACGAUUCUUUGUGACAUCCAGCUUUGGGAGCCCACACUUUGUGGACAACAUUAAACCAGAACCUGACAUGGACAGUUAUGGGCCUGUCAUGGGUCUCGUCCCUCAGACAUGCCCUAAGAUCAAGCAAGAAGGCAAUGCAACCUGCAUGAUGGCCUAUGAGCAGCCCAGGAUGGCCAGCUCACCCCAGAUCCCUGGCACAGAGACACCCCCUCUGAGCCCUGAUGACCUCAUGGUGACUGACUGCCAAGCACAGAUGAUCUGCCCCUCGUCAAUGUCAUUCCAACAAAGCUAUCACCCUGCCACAGGCUUCCACCAUCACCAGACCCACUUCCAGUACCAGAGUGCCUCUCAGUUUGGCUUGUUUGAGGACAGCCUGCCCUUGCAACCCUCAGCUCCAAGAGGCAUGCUAACUCCUCCUUCCUCUCCCUUGGAGCUGAUGGAUUCCAAGCCCAAAAGAGGGCGACGAUCCUGGCCCAGGAAGAGGACAGCCACACACACAUGCACCUAUGCAGGCUGUGGGAAAACCUAUACCAAGAGCUCCCACUUGAAGGCACACCUUAGAACACACACAGGUGAGAAACCUUAUCACUGUAACUGGGAAGGCUGCGGCUGGAAGUUUGCUCGCUCUGAUGAACUGACUCGUCACUAUCGCAAGCACACUGGCCACCGGCCCUUCCAGUGCCACCUCUGUGACAGGGCUUUCUCUAGGUCAGACCACCUGGCUCUGCACAUGAAAAGGCACAUGUAGCUAUAAAAACUCUGUACUGCACAUCAGACAUUAUUUAACUGCUCAGGUGCAGAAUCGUUCAAAAAUCUGUAGCUGGUACUACUUAGAGAGGCAACAAAGCUCUAGCCAUGGAUGUUAAGGAAGAAUUUGACUCAAGGAGGUUUAGCCUGUCAUCUCCUGAAGAGAAUUUAAAGGGACUGUAUCAGUGUGACUGUCCGCUUCACUCAAGAGAAUAUGGUUUAUUUAUAGAGCUUCUGUGAAGGGUAAACUCAACAAGACUCCAUGCAGAUUGUAUAGAAGAAGCUGUAAAUACUGUAUCUCUGAUUGUAAUUGCCCAAUACAUAAGCUUUAUAAGACAAUGUUUGUAUGGAAACUGCCUGAAGUCAACCCUAGAUGGGAUUAAAUGAAUGUUACUGUCGCUGAUGAUAUUUUUAGAUUUCAGUUGAAGGCAUGGCUAAGAGAAACACUCUGAUUGUUAGACUAUUUGUUUCAUUGGUGCAAUAAUAUUCUUGUCUGCCAUGAUCUACACUAGAAGUACAGGGCUUGAUGUCUUGUAAAAAAAUAACCUAUUUUACUGAUUGAUUUUUUUAUAUAUUGUAAAUAAUUUUAUACAUUGAGAAAUGUUGUAAUGUAUUAUGUAAAUAAGACAAAUGGGCAUUUUGCCUAUUUCUGUUUUUAUAAAAAAAAGUAGCAAAUUUUCAAUGUUUUAAAACAUUCUCCCUUUUUAAUAAAAUAAAUGUUUAA